AUGGCAUCUGAUAUUCCCAAGGUUGUCCCUCUCACAUGUCAUGGGCACUCUCGCCCUGUGACUCACUUGAGUUUCUCCUCGACAGUUGAGGACGAUCAGUACUAUCUCAUUUCAGCUUGCAAAGAUAACAACCCUAUGCUUCGGGAUGGUAUCACUGGCGACUGGAUUGGUACAUUUUUAGGCCACAAAGGUGCUGUUUGGCAAGCACGACUUUCUAGCGAUGCCGCUAUUGCCGCUACUGCAGCUGCAGACUUCUCGGCCAAGGUCUGGGACACCUAUUCGGGCGAGUGUCUACACACUCUUCAGCAUGCGCACAUUGUACGUGCCAUUGCGUUCCCGAUCCAAACCAAUCCGCAAGUUCUCGCCACUGGUGGUGCAGAGAAGAAGUUGCGUAUCUUUGACUUGACCCGAGGUGGGACCAGCAGCAAUGGAUCUUCACCCCCUUUGCCAUCUGCUGGCGGCAGCGGCAGCCCCGUUCAAGGCGGGGCGGAUGUGACUAGCUAUGAGAUUGGCCCCGGCGUGCACGGGGGUACUAUCAAGUCCAUCGUUUGGAAUCAGGAUUACAACAUCGUCACGACGGCAGCCGAGGAUCGUAAGAUCCGCUGGUGGGAUCUGCGAUCUAGACAUCCUGUCAAGGAACAUGCUGUUGACGGCCCCAUCGGGUCCUGCGAGUUGAACAAUCUCGCCACACGGCCAAAUGAUCCUGGGCUUUUGACCGUCGCAGCUGGAAAGAGCGUUUAUCUCUUCGAUAGUGUCCAGCCUGGACGCCUUCUGAAAAAGGUGGACUUUGGAUACGACGUUGCCAGUGCGGCUGUGAACAGUGACUCGGGCCGCUUGGUGACCGGCAGCGCCAACGAUACAUGGGCUCGGGUCUACGAUCUUCACACGGAUGAAGAACUCGACGUCCAAAAGGGACAUCACGGACCUAUCUGGUCCGUCAGCUUCUCCCCCGACGGAAAGCUAUAUGGCACCGGUAGCGAGGAUGGUACCGUCAAAUUGUGGAAGGCAUGCCGUGAAUCCUAUGGCCUGUGGCGGUGA